CGAGCCGCCGCUAAGGGUCCCUCCCGGUUGUGGGGAGACCCGCGAUGAUCCAUUCCGGCGCCUCGGCGCUCCCGUCUGGGUUUUUCCGGCGGCCGGCCCUCCGCUCCGAGUGUGUAACCUGACACUGGAGUGCACGCAGUCCCCGCAUUGUGAGCCGGGCUCUGACCCAGGCUGGCGGCGAAGCGGACGCACCGAGCCUCCCUGGGAUGCGUGAAACCUGGCGGGGGAAAUCGCUGGCAGUUAUGUAGAGGACACCAGGAGUUGAAAGGAUGAGCAGUCUCGUGUCCCUGGACAGACACAUUCAACAAACAAAUGUCCGUCUCCAGUGCAUCAAGCAGCAUCUACAAAGCCCAGGCAGCUUCCAGACGGCAGCUCGGGAGCUUCUGGACUGGUGUGAAGAUCCUCGUGCGUUCCAGAGGACCUUCGAGCAGAGUCUGAUGGGAUGUUUGUCGGUUGUAAGCCAUGUGUCGACCCAACAAGGCUUUGACUUGGAGCUUGGCUAUCGGCUGCUGGCUGUCUGUGCUGCCCACAGGGAGAAAUUCAGCCCAAAGUCGGCAGCACUGCUUACCUCAUGGUGUGAGGAUUUGGGUCGACUCCUCCUCCUGAACCAUCAGAAGAGCCUUCCAACCCAUUCCACUGCUAAAUUCCCCUCACAGCCCCCCAUGAACUCGAUGAAUCCCAUGAAGUCGUCUCUUCCACCCACUCCUCACAGUGAUGGGUCAUUCACAUACAGUGAUUCUGUUUCUUGGCAACAGAACACCAAUCAGCCUCCAGGUUCGCUCUCUGUGGUAACUACAGUGUGGGGAGUCAAUAAUCCAUCUCAGAGUCAGGUCCUAGGAAAUCCUAUGGCCCCUGGGGGCAACUCCAGUGGGAAUCACAUGACGUCUGGGAUACCUGGAAAUGGUCCGGGAAUGAGCUCUCCACAGUUCAUGGGACAGUCGCCAUUUCCCGCCUCGGAAACGGGUUCAAGCAAGGGAAACAUGCAGCAGAAUUUGUACGGACGGCCUAACUAUCCGGGAGCAGCAGGAUAUGGUGGAAGUUACCCUGGUGGCCCAAAUGGUUCUGGUGGAAUGGGAAUCCCUUCACAUUCCAGGCCACCAACGCACUUCACCCAGCCGGCCGCUGCUGCGGCGGCUGCCGCUGUGGCUGCUGCUGCGGCCACCGCCACCGCCACUGCCACCGCCACCGUGGCUGCCCUGCAGGAGAAGCAAAGCCACGAGAUGAGCCAGUAUGGACCGAUAAGUGCUGCUCAGUCCUACAACAACCAAUACAUGAGUCACUCUGGCCCUCGUGGCUCACCGCAGAUCUCCACUGGAAUGACCACGGGAGGGAUGGCCAGCUCAAUGGGACCUUCGAGCAUAUCACACAUGUCUAUGAACCACUCGAGGCCACCUGGCAUCAACCCCAUGUUCGGUGCGCAGAGCCAGCGAAUGCCACAGCAUGGAUAUGCAGGACCACGGCCAACCCAACAGAUGCCUGGGCAGGGAGUGAAGAGGCCGUACGUCAGUGAGCAAAGCUAUCUAGGUCAACAGUAUGGUCCGAACAGCCAGUAUCCCAGCCAGACAAGUCAGUAUGCUCCCUCAAGCACCCAACGAUCCGUUCCGUCUCCCAACUAUCCAGCACAUAGGAUGCCUGGCCAGCAAAACACAGGACAGUACCCCAUUCCCCCAGGAUCAAUGGGGCAGUAUUAUAAGCCAUCUGAGAAAUAUAAUGGGCAGAGCAACGCCUUUAUGGGUGGUAACUACACCAACUACACCCAGGCCAAUAUUAAUGGGCCUUCAAGAUCUAUGCCUGGUUACCCCAGCUCCCCCAUAUCAGGCAACCCAACACCUCCAAUGACUCCAGGAAGCAAUAUUCCUCCGUACAUGUCACCAAACCAGGAUGUGAAGUCGCCUUUUCUUCCCGACAUAAAGCCCAACCUGAAUAGUCUUCCUCCUCCCCCAUCAUCAAGCCCUGGAGAUGAGCUACGACUGACCUUCCCCGUGCGAGACGGUGUUGUGUUGGAACCAUUCCGGUUAGAGCACAACCUUGCUGUCAGCAACCACGUCUUUCACCUGCGUCAUUCCGUGCAUCAGACGCUAAUGUGGAGGCCAGAUCUGGAGCUUCAGUUUAAGUGUUAUCAUCACGAAGACAGACAGAUGAACACGAACUGGCCAGCUUCAGUCCAGGUUAGCGUGAAUGCCACGCCCCUCACGAUUGAACGAGGUGACAAUAAAACAUCCCACAAGCCGCUCUACCUGAAGCACGUGUGCCAGCCGGGGAGGAACACAAUUCAGAUCACUGUGACCGCCUGUUGCUGUUCACAUCUGUUUGUGCUACAGUUAGUGCACAGACCUUCAGUUCGAUCGGUAUUACAAGGCCUCCUGAAAAAGAGACUUCUGCCCGCAGAGCACUGUAUAACUAAAAUCAAGCGGAAUUUCAACAGUAGCGCAGUCUCUUCAGGUAACCCCGGGCUAAAUGGGGAGGAUGGUGUUGAACAAACAGCAAUUAAAGUGUCAUUGAAAUGUCCGAUCACAUUCAGACGAAUCCAGCUUCCAGCACGAGGACACGACUGUAAACACAUUCAGUGCUUUGACCUUGAGUCCUAUCUACAGCUGAACUGUGAACGAGGAACUUGGAGGUGUCCAGUGUGCAACAAAACAGCACUGCUGGAGGGCUUAGAAGUCGACCAAUAUAUGUGGGGCAUUUUGGCAGCCAUUCAAAACACGGAGUUUGAGGAGGUUACAAUUGACCCUACGUGCAGCUGGCGGCCUGUACCAGUGAAGUCGGACAUCCACAUAAAAGAUGACCCUGAUGGCCCCAUAGCCAAGAGGUGUAAGACGAUGAGCCCCAGUCAGAUGAUCAUGCCCAAUGUAAUGGAGAUGAUUGCUGCCCUGGGUCCAGGAACAUCUCCCUAUCCAUCUCUGCCACUUCCACCAGGGGGCAACAAUAAUGGUGACUACCCUCAUCAGAAUUCUGUUUAUUCUGGGCAGGGGAACUUCCCCGAUUUCCCCCAUGGCAAUGCUACCAACACGUCAAUUAAUGAGUUUAUACAUGGGCCACCACUGAGCUACCCAUCAGAUAUCUCGAAUAUGACUCCUGACAAGCCCCUAGGACACUCCAUGUCAGAUCAGAUUCCUCAUUCUACUACAAUAGACCAACCCCACCCUACUAUGCAGCAAGGAGUCCAUGCACCCCACCUUGGCACUCAGUCAGGGCAGCCACUGCACCACAGAAGCCCUUCCCAGCACCCGCGGCAGCUCCAGCAGACAGGCUCCAGCGCCCAUUCACAUGGUGAAUUGACGUUUAACCCAUCUUCAGUGAUGGAAGGUCAACCAGGUGGUCAGGGAGCAGCUGAUGUUCCAGAGCCUUCUCUGGAACUUCUUCCAGAGAUUACAAACCCAGAUGAACUACUUUCCUAUCUAGGACCUCCGGAUAUGCCAAACAACAGCAAUGAUGACCUUCUGUCCUUGUUUGAGAACAACUAAAUAUUCUUCCUUUUUAUCCACUGUGUUAACUCUAGCUUCAUCUUCACUGAAGCUCAACUGAGACUCCACACUGCCUUGCACUGCUGACAGUGAAAACCUAUUGACAGAUUUCUCUGUGGAUAGUACUGGUAGGAGACCCAUUGCAAAUUGCUGUCACCUUUUACAGUUCUAAAUCUCUUUAGAACCCUGGAACACAGAUGAGAUUUGAAACAUUGACAAGUCAGAAGAAACCAGCUAAUUAGGGAAUCUUUUAAUCUUUAGUUAUUAAUGCCACAAAUCUUGUCUGCAUUUUUAAAACAUUUGAAGGCAAAAGAUGGGAAAUACUUCAAUUCAGCAAUUAGCUUUGAGCCACUAAUUGCAGGUUUGUUAUUUGGCUCAGAUGUUUUGUGGAUUAUUCUCCACUUUCACUGUUGAGGUGAGGAAUUUUACUAGGAAUCAAAUGCCUUGCACAGGAGAAAGCUGAGAAACAAACCAGAGCUCACAAGCCCCUGUUAUCAAGUACAAUGAUUUUCCUGGAUCCCUGUACAGUUCCAUUGUAAGGAAGAGACUGGAUGGACUCUCACUAACUAUAUCUUCAAACUCACUGAAGAAAAUGCAAAAAAAAAAUCAUGAUCAAUUACGAAACAAAAGCACAAAGGAUUCUUAUUGACCAAGGUAGGGACACUACAGCACUGAAAGGAAAGAUGAUUUCUUCCAUGCUGUAAUGAAACAGUAUCACUGCCUGUAUUUCACAACCUGUGAUAAAGAUGUUGGACAUCAUAUCAUUGUAAUAUAAAAGGAGUACGCAGAGGUGAUUAAAUGACAGAACUGUGUUAUUAUCCCAUUUCAAUUGCCCUAACCGCUUCCUUAUUUUUGUUCAUUUAAAAAAAGAGCAUUCCACAUUCUUAAUGUAGACUUAUCUGAACACACCAAUGCAGUUCUACAGGCUGUGGCUUUUGUACCAAGUUCAUGUGCCACCAAAAAGGUUUUUUUUAAUAUAUCUAAAGUACUGUGGUAUUGGCAAAACAAUUAAACAGUGCCCAAUGAUUAUUAAAAUGCUGCUGACGAUCAUUUGCAGGUGCAAGAAACCUUUUUUUAAAUGUACACUGUGAUGAGAGAGAUCGUUUAAAACAAUGCAAUUAUUGCAGAAAAUAAUAAUUGUCUUGAAACUUGUAUUUACAAAUUACUUCCGUAAGUUUUGAGGUGAGGGAAAGGGAAAAAGGGAGAUGGAAAAUGUAUGUUCUUUUUAGUUCUUUUGAGCUACAGCAGCUUAGGAUUUCUGUGAACUAUUUAAGUCAGUUGAGGUAUGUACUCAAUAUUGUUUGGGUUUAAGUUUAUUGAAUCUAUCUCCUUAGAUUAUCUAGGAUUGUAUUGAAAUUUGUAAGACAAUAAAGCUCUUGUUUAAUUUCUAUAGCUUUUUAUAUGUAAACUAUUAUUUCCUGUUAGAAAAUUCAAUUUCAAUGUAGUAAACUAUGCUAAAAACAAAGUCUUGCUUCUGUGUCAGUCUUGGAACAUAGAGAAGGGACUGCUCCUUUAAAAUAUGAAAUGGGAUUUAAAAUCAAUCAAAAGUGUUUUGAAUGUUGAAAGUUUGCAGAAAGUGGCUUGGAAAAAGACAACUUUGGAUGUAAUUCUUGCAAAAGAUCAUAUACAGUAAAGAGAAGCAUGUUUUCCCUCUCUCCUCCCCCCCCCCCCCCCAAAUGAGAACAGGGGGAAAUUAGUAAAUUUGUGUCAGUUUUCACAAAGAUGCUGUUGGCUGUUGCGAAAGUUAAGGGUGUGAUGGCAUUCAAAAAGCAAAAGGAAAAAAUAGAUUUCUACAGUAAAUGAGAAAGCAGUAGAAUGUUAGAAAAGGAGUGGGAGGAGCACAACUGAUAUUAAAAAUCAGUGUUGUUCAUUUUCAAGACAGAAACAAUAUAGUACAAGAUAAGACACUGUCCAAAGGAAGUGAUUGUAUCUGUAUAAUAUCAUAAGACAUAGAAGCAGAAUUGGGCCAUUUGGCCCACCUAGUUCCCCAUAACACAAUUAUGUUACAUUGAGAACCAAAUGCACCCAUUCCCCCGACAUUAAAUUUUAUCUUUUGCUUUUUUGCACAGCCAUCAUUUUGUCAAUAUACUCUUGCAAUUUUCCCUGGCAUGUCAUAACUAAUUGCUGUGCCUCUUGGCCACAGAUUUAGAUACUGCUAAAUGAUCAUCCAAAUUACUGACAUAUUUAAUAGACAAGAGUAGUUCAAGGAUAAGCCUGGGGAAUAGCACCACCCAUUUCUGGCCACCAGAAAACUUGCCUACAUUCAACAGAGUUAAUUCCCCAUUCUAAACAUCCUAACCCAUUCUAGAACACGAUUUUAUAAUUCUAUGUUAGUCCUUUUUUUCCUAAUCUAAUACCACAACAGAAAGUCUUUGAAAGUCAAGUUCUCUACAUUUUCUGCUCCAUCAUAUCCAUCUCAUAAGAUGUAGAGGUGGAAUCAGGCCAUUUGGCCCAUUAGGUCUGCAGUGCCAUUCUAUCUUGGCUGAUUUAUUAUCCUUCUCAACACCAUUCUCCUGAUCUCUCUGUAGUUUUUUUAAUGCCCUUACUAUGGGAAACAUCCUCUCUGCCUGUAGAUAGGUUUCAAUGAGACCCACCACCCUCAUUCUUCUGAGUUGUAUUCCUCUGUAAAUAAAUUUGUUUCUGAAAUUCAAGUUGGCUGUUUCUACUUUUUUCUAACUUCCUCUAGAUCUUCAGUAAUUCUGUUUUUAAAUAUUCUCUAUUGCCACAUUAUACAGAACCUGGAACAGCCAAGUCUUCCCUUCAGAAGUGAAAAUUCCAUUACUCUCCAGCAUUUCAGAACAUGUAUAUUUUCAAAGCAACCUUCAAAUAUAAUUAUAUUUACCACGUCAGGGUGUCCUUCCUAAAACUAUUGCCUGGUUGUCUUAUGUAGACUUUACCAAGCCAGGGCUGGGCUGUUGAGCUGUUAUGGCUCCCAUUGUCUGAAUUCAUAAUGUCUCAAUUUCAAGGUAUACUUGGGAAAGGAUGCUAUUGAUUGUAUGCUAAUGAACCUAAUAUGGCAUCAACAAAGUGCACUUUCACUACUUAUUCUGCAACUAAUAACAAUCAGCUAUCAGUUAUUAACACAUUAUAAAUUUUUUAUCAUUAUGUAUUUUUUUCACUAUACUGUUUUUUUCAAUAUAAGAGAAAUGUGCCACAAUAAUUAUUGUUUGAGAGUAACCACAAAAACAUUUGUGCUGAACGUGGUUUCUGGCAUAUGGCUGGCUGCAGAACACACACCAAAUGCUGUGUGCAGAUAAAACGCUUUGGUAUUUUCAGUGGAAAAACAAUGCUUUGUAAGAAAGUAAUUUUACAAGUGCCAGUAAAACUUCUGAUUUUGGGAAAUUUAUUUUUUUAUAUACCUAAAUGUUCCUCUUUUAUUACUCUGCUCAAGUUAAGUUUGGAGUGCUUUAAAAUAUUAUGACCAAAUUAGCUAUGGAAAAUACAAGGAAAAUCUGUUUUUAAACACCAAAACAAAUUGUCUUACUUGCGUGCUCCUGCUUAAUGCUGUAUAUAGUAAUCUGUGGUUGUCUCUGUUCUGAUGUACUGUUACUGUUUGAAUACAUGCUUAAAAUGCUUUAGUACCAGUAGAAAAACUCUGUUAAGUCACAUAUAUUUGCAGAUUUAUCUCAAACUCUGCUUUCAAUCCAAAUUGUAUCUAUUAUAGCAUUUGAAACUCUCCUUUCCCUAAAAUGCAAACUUCCACCAGGGCAUUGUCUGCAGCUAGCAACUGUUUUAAAGUAACCUGAUAACACACAAGGCCCUAUUGAGAGUGGUAAGGAGCUCCCAUCCCUCCCCUAAAAGAGUCAGUCAAUUGUUACCUAAUUCUUACCAACCACAAAUGUAGAGAGGCAUUAGACAGAAAUCAAUAAAGGGUUUUUGUGCAUUCAGUUCUCCCCUUUGUUGCUUAGAAACUUUAAAUGAUCGAACUAAUAUAACUUGUUGCCCUGAGUGAAAUUAGUUAAAUUGUUACAGACAAGAAUUAGAUCUGGGUUUGGAUCUAUAUGGCUUAGUUGCUUGUUAGAGAGCAGCCAAUGGAAUUCCAGAUGCACUUCUUUAUGCUGAAGCUAGUACAUUAUCUACCCCUGUUUAAAAUUCUAUUGCAAGUCUUCCUUUAAUGACACAAUUCUAUUUAAUUUUAAUCUGAAUUUAUAGACUCUUUGGAGUCUCUGUAAGCAUUCACACGUCGAAUCAAAGGUUCAACAUUAUUGAUAUGAAAUGGAAAAAUAAGUAUUCUUGUUUUCAGAGUAAAAGUGGAACUUUUAUUGUCUGUGACCUUGCACAAAUAAAAUUGAAAUGUGUUCUGGG